CACCAGCCCCCAUACAUCAUAGCUGUCCUGCCUCGCUAUGUGGAGAUCAGGACCUUUGAACCCAGACUGCUGGUCCAGAGUGUGGAGCUGCAGAGACCACGAUUCAUCACCUCCGCUGGGUGAGAGGAUAUUUAUUGUCCGGAUACGUACCUCUGUUUUCUGAAGGAGGGAAGUGAGAUGAAUGCAUAGGGAUCCAACCAACUCUAAUGGAAACCACUGUUACGCAGGUCAACUGUCGUUAUUCCAUUGCUUUGCUGGAUGAUCCAUCCCAUAUUUCUGAUAGAGAACAUUUUUGUCAACCAUCACACACAAACAAUCUCACCCUUCUCUUGUUGUUCCCUCCUCUCCUCUCUGUCUGUCCCAGGCCUAAUAUAGUGUACGUUGCCAGCAACCAUUUUGUGUGGCGUCUGGUGCCUGUGUCCAUCGCCAGUCAGAUUACACAGUUACUACAGGACAAGCAGUUUGAACUGGCCCUACAACUGGCGGUGAGUAAUUACGCCAUCACUACUGCUACUACUGUUACUACUACUGUUACUACUACUACUACUACUACUACUACUACUACUAUACUACUACUACUACUACUACUAUACUACUACUGCUGGUACUGCUACUACUACUACUACUAUCACUACUACUACUAUACUACUUACUACUAGCUACUACUAUAACUACUGAUAACUACUACUACUACUACUGCUACUACUACCACUAGUACUACUACUACUACUGCUACUACUACCACUAGUACUACUACUGCUGCUGCUACUACUACUACUGUUACUGCUACUACUACUACUACUACUACUACUACCACUACUUCUACUACUACUACUACUACUAUCACUACUGCUACUACUACUACUGCUGCUACUACUGCUGUUACUGCUACUCUACUACUAACUACUACGCUACUCACUACACUACUGCUACUACUACUACUACUGACUACUACUACUAUACUUACUACACUACUACUCUACUGACUACUACUACUACUACAUCUACUACUACUACUGCUACUAACUAUACUGUACUACUACUACUAAAACUACUACUACACUACUACUACUGCUAACUAACUACUCUACUGACUACUGAUACACUACUACUACUACUAUCACUACUACUACUACUACUACUACUGCUACUACUACUACACUACUACUACUCUACUACUACUACGCUACUACAUCUACUACUACUACUACUGCUACACUACAUACACCUACUACUACUAGCUACUACUACUACUACUCACUACUACUCCUACUACUACUACUGCUACUACUACUACUACACUACUACUACUAACUGCUACUACUAACUACUACUUACUACUACUACUGACUACUACUACUACUGCUACUACUACUACACUACCACUACUGCUACUGCUACUACCUACUACCCACUACUACUACUAUACUCUACACUACUACUGCUACUACUACUACUGCUACUACUACUACCUCACCACUUACUACUCUUACUGCCUACUCUACUCUACUGCUACUGUAACUACUACUACUUACUGCUCUACUACUACUGCUGCUACUACUACUACACUACUGCUACUCUACUACAUACCUACUACUGCUACUACUUACUACUACUGCUACUACCUACCUACUACUACUACUGCUACUCACUACAUACUGGAUACUACUACUACUCUACUACGCUGCACUACCCUACUACUACUACUACCCCAUUGCUACUACUAACUACUACUAUACUCUACUACUACUACUACAUCUACUACACUCUACUCACUACUAUCACUACUACUACUACUACACCUCUUACUAUGCUGCACUAUCUACUAUCGACUACUACUACUACUACUCACUACUACUACUACUACUAAUGCUGCUACUACUACUACUACUACUGCUACUACUACUACUGAUCUACUACACUACAUCACACUACUACUCUACUAUCACACUACUAUACUUACACCACACUACCACUCUACUCUACUCUACACUACGCUCUACUCUACUGUCACAAAUACUAAUCGAUACUACACACACACGAUCUAUACGCUCUCUGCUACUCUGUCAAACUACUACACUGCUACUGCUACCACACACUGACAUACUAUCUCUUCCCCUCCUCCAUCCCCCUAUCUCUCCCCUCCUCCAUCCCUCUAUCUCUCCCCUCCUGCAUCCCUCUAUCUCUCCCCUCCUCCAUCCCUCUAUCUCUCCUCCUCCGCCCUCUCUCUCUCCCCUCCUCAUCCAAUCUCUCCCCCAACAGAUGAAUGUUGGAUGUGGAGGCGAUAAAGACAGCAGUUUCACCACAUCCAGAACUCUAUCUAUACACCUUCACUCUUUUCUGUCAGAAGAGGUUUGAUGACUCCAUGCAGGUGUUCGCUAAACUCGGCACAGGUGAGCUUCUGGCUGUCCGUUAACUACCUGAACAAUGUCUCUCGUUGCAGAUUUUGGCUGGGUCUCUAAUGGCACCCUAUAUAGUGCACUACUUUUGAUCUGCUGCCUUAUCUAUGAUGUAAACAGCAGUACUGUGUGUCUAAUACAGGGACGUUAAAGUUAAUCUUCUGCUACUACAUUAGAGAAUAGAGGGCCGUUUUGGAUGCAGUGUGAUCUCAGAAUUACAGUAACCUGUUUCAUUUUAAGGCUCUGGUCAACAGCAGUGCGCCGUACAGGGAAUAGAGGGUCUUAGUAAUGCUGUACCUUCCUCCCACAGAUCCCACCCAUGUGAUUGGUCUGUAUCCGGACCUGCUCCCCACCGACUACCGGAAACAGCUGCACUACCCCAACCCCCUGCCGACUCUGUCUGUAGCAGAACUGGAGAAGGCACAUCUCGCACUCAUAGACUACCUGACACAGGUCUGGGGGGGGGUUGUGUAGGCUAGUGUGUAGGCUAGUGUGUAGGCUAGUGUGUAGGCUAGUGUGUAGGCCAGUGUGUAGGCCAGUGUGUAGGCCAGUGUGUAGGCUAGUGUGUAGGCCAGUGUGUAGGCCAGUGUGUAGGCCAGUGUGUAGGCCAGUGUGUAGGCCAGUGUGUAGGCCAGUGUGUAGGCCAGUGUGUAGGCCAGUGUGUAGGCCAGUGUGUAGGCUAGUGUGUAGGCUAGUGUGUAGGCUAGUGUGUAGGCCAGUGUGUAGGCCAGUGUGUAGGCCAGUGUGUAGGCCAGUGUGUAGGCCAGUGUGUAGGCCAGUGUGUAGGCCAGUGUGUAGGCCAGUGUGUAGGCCAGUGUGUAGGCAGUUGUGUAGGCUAGUGUGUAGGCCAGUGUGUAGGCCAGUGUGUAGGCCAGUGUGUAGGCCAGUGUGUAGGCCAGUGGGUAGGCCAGUGUGUAGGCUAGUGUGUAGGCUAGUGUGUAGGCUAGUGUGUAGGCCAGUGUGUAGGCCAGUGUGUAGGCCAGUGUGUAGGCUAGUGUGUAGGCCAGUGUGUAGGCCAGUGUGUAGGCCAGUGUGUAGGCCAGUGUGUAGGCCAGUGUGUAGGCCAGUGUGUAGGCCAGUGUGUAGGCCAGUGUGUAGGCCAGUGUGUAGGCCAGUGUGUAGGCCAGUGUGUAGGCCAGUGUGUAGGCCAGUGUGUAGGCUAGUGUGUAGGCCAGUGUGUAGGCCAGUGUGUAGGCUAGUGUGUAGGCCAGUGUGUAGGCUAGUGUGUAGGCUAGUGUGUAGGCUAGUGUGUAGGCUAGUGUGUAGGAUAGUGUGUAGGCCAGCGUGUAGGCCAGCGUGUAGGCCAGCGUGUAGGCCAGCGUGUAGGCCAGCGUGUAGGCCAGCGUGUAGGCCAGCGUGUAGGCCAGCGUGUAGGCCAGCGUGUAGGCUAGUGUGUAGGCCAGUGUGUAGGAGAUCCAUAUGCAUUUAUUUUUUCCAUUAGAUGACAUUGAUAUGUGCGGUUUUUUGAUUCUAUGGAACCCACGACUCUCUGAAAAACAGUGGCAAGUGUUACUGAAUGGAUUAUCCUGGCUACAUAAAUGCAAUGAAAUGUAUUCCAGAAACGCAGCCACCUGGUGAAGCAGCUGAACGACUCGGAGCCCUCCACCCCCUCUCCCCUCAUGGAAGGAACGCCCACCAUCAAGAGUAGAAAGAAGCUUCUGCAGAUCAUCGACACCACGCUGCUCAAAUGCUACCUGCAUGUACGUAUGGAUGCCUCAGAUUAACUCCCAAUUCCAUGGUAACGAAACAUGGUAUACCAAAUAAAAACCAUUGAUUUCAAAGAUGAACAAACUACUUUUAACAAUUUCCCAAAACACAUUUAAGAACUGUGCAGAUACAAAGUUUGGUUUGGAAUUAACUGAGGGAGAUUUCACUGUAAUUCUGUUACCAAACUUUGCAUCUGCACAGUUUUUCUUGUAAUUUGUACGAUUUUUUGUAUUUACUGUAUAAAUUGUUUGAAGUAGCCGUUGUGCAUAGAGUUGUAUGAUUUGUUAAUCUUUUAAAUCAAUGUUUUUUGUUUUAAAGUGAAACAUUUGACUCUCAAUGUAAUUCCGUUACUGUAGAAUUACCCUUAUAUCCUCUCUCCAGACCAACAUGGUCCAGGUGUCCCCUCUGUUAAUCUGGUGGCUCUCUUCUCUCCAGACCAACGUGGCCCUGGUGUCCCCUCUGUUAAUCUGGUGGCUCUCUUCUCUCCAGACCAACAUGGUCCUGGUGUCCCCUCUGUUAAUCUGGUGGCUCUCUUCUCUCCAGACCAACGUGGUCCUGGUGUCCCCUCUGUUAAUCUAGUGGCUCUCUUCUCUCCAUACCAACAUGGUCCUGGUGUCCCCUCUGUUAAUCUGGUGGCUCUCUUCUCUCCAGACCAACGUGGCCCUGGUGUCCCCUCUGUUAAUCUGGUGGCUCUCUUCUCUCCAGACCAACAUGGUCCUGGUGUCCCCUCUGUUAAUCUGGUGUCUCUCUUCUCUCCAGACCAACGUGUCCCCUCUGUUAAUCUGGUGGCUCUCUUCUCUCCAGACCAACGUGGCCCUGGUGUCCCCUCUGUUAAUCUGGUGGCUCUCUUCUCUCCAGACCAACGUGGCCCUGGUGUCCCCUCUGUUAAUCUAGUGGCUCUCUUCUCUCCAGACCAACAUGGUCCUGGUGUCCCCUCUGUUAAUCUAGUGGCUCUCUUCUCUCCAGACCAACAUGGUCCAGGUGUCCCCUCUGUUAAUCUAGUGGCUUUCCUCUCUCCAGACCAACGUGUCCCCUCUGUUAAUCUGGUGGCUCUCUUCUCUCCAGACCAACGUGGCCCUGGUGUCCCCUCUGUUAAUCUAGUGGCUCUCUUCUCUCCAGACCAACAUGGUCCUGGUGUCCCCUCUGUUAAUCUGGUGGCUCUCUUCUCUCCAGACCAACAUGGUCCUGGUGUCCCCUCUGUUAAUCUGGUGGCUCUCUUCUCUCCAGACCAACAUGGUCCUGGUGUCCCCUCUGUUAAUCUAGUGGCUCUCUUCUCUCCAGACCAACGUGGCCCUGGUGUCCCCUCUGUUAAUCUAGUGGCUCUCUUCUCUCCAGACCAACAUGGUCCUGGUGUCCCCUCUGUUAAUCUAGUGGCUCUCUUCUCUCCAGACCAACAUGGUCCUGGUGUCCCCUCUGUUAAUCUAGUGGCUCUCUUCUCUCCAGACCAACAUUGUCCUGGUGUCCCCUCUGUUAAUCUGGUGGCUCUCUUCUCUCCAGACCAACGUGUCCCCUCUGUUAAUCUGGUGGCUCUCUUCUCUCCAGACCAACGUGGCCCUGGUGUCCCCUCUGUUAAUCUGGUGGCUCUCUUCUCUCCAGACCAACAUGGUCCUGGUGUCCCCUCUGUUAAUCUGGUGGCUCUCUUCUCUCCAGACCAACGUGUCCCCUCUGUUAAUCUGGUGGCUCUCUUCUCUCCAGACCAACGUGGCCCUGGUGUCCCCUCUGUUAAUCUGGUGGCUCUCUUCUCUCUAGACCAACGUGGCCCUGGUGUCCCCUCUGUUAAUCUAGUGGCUCUCUUCUCUCCAGACCAACAUGGUCCUGGUGUCCCCUCUGUUAAUCUAGUGGCUCUCUUCUCUCCAGACCAACAUGGUCCUGGUGUCCCCUCUGUUAAUCUAGUGGCUCUCUUCUCUCCAGACCAACAUGGUCCAGGUGUCCCCUCUGUUAAUCUAGUGGCUUUCCUCUCUCCAGACCAACGUGUCCCCUCUGUUAAUCUGGUGGCUCUCUUCUCUCCAGACCAACGUGGCCCUGGUGUCCCCUCUGUUAAUCUAGUGGCUCUCUUCUCUCCAGACCAACAUGGUCCUGGUGUCCCCUCUGUUAAUCUGGUGGCUCUCUUCUCUCCAGACCAACAUGGUACUGGUGUCCCCUCUGUUAAUCUGGUGGCGCUCUUCUCUCCAGACCAACAUGGUCCUGGUGUCCCCUCUGUUAAUCUAGUGGCUCUCUUUUCUCCAGACCAACGUGGCCCUGGUGUCCCCUCUGUUAAUCUAGUGGCUCUCUUCUCUCCAGACCAACAUGGUCCUGGUGUCCCCUCUGUUAAUCUAGUGGCUCUCUUCUCUCCAGACCAACAUGGUCCUGGUGUCCCCUCUGUUAAUCUAGUGGCUCUCUUCUCUCCAGACCAACAUGGUCCUGGUGUCCCCUCUGUUAAUCUAGUGGCUCUCUUCUCUCCAGACCAACAUGGUCCUGGUGUCCCCUCUGUUAAUCUAGUGGCUCUCCUCUCUCCAGACCAACGUGUCCCCUCUGUUAAUCUGGUGGCUCUCUUCUCUCCAGACCAACGUGGCCCUGGUGUCCCCUCUGUUAAUCUAGUGGCUCUCUUCUCUCCAGACCAACAUGGUCCUGGUGUCCCCUCUGUUAAUCUGGUGGCUCUCUUCUCUCCAGACCAACAUGGUCCUGGUGUCCCCUCUGUUAAUCUGGUGGCUCUCUUCUCUCCAGACCAACAUGGUCCUGGUGUCCCCUCUGUUAAUCUAGUGGCUCUCUUCUCUCCAGACCAACAUGGUCCUGGUGUCCCCUCUGUUAAUCUAGUGGCUCUCUUCUCUCCAGACCAACGUGGCCCUGGUGUCCCCUCUGUUAAUCUAGUGGCUCUCUUCUCUCCAGACCAACAUGGUCCUGGUGUCCCCUCUGUUAAUCUAGUGGCUCUCUUCUCUCCAGACCAACAUGGUCCUGGUGUCCCCUCUGUUAAUCUAGUGGCUCUCUUCUCUCCAGACCAACAUGGUCCAGGUGUCCCCUCUGUUAAUCUGGUGGCUCUCUUCUCUCCAGACCAACAUGGUCCUCGUGUCCCCUCUGUUAAUCUGGUGGCUCUCUUCUCUCCAGACCAACGUGGCCCUGGUGUCCCCUCUGUUAAUCUAGUGGCUCUCUUCUCUCCAGACCAACGUGGCCCUGGUGUCCCCUCUGUUAAUCUAGUGGCUCUCUUCUCUCCAGACCAACGUGUCCCCUCUGUUAAUCUGGUGGCUCUCUUCUCUCCAGACCAACGUGGCCCUGGUGUCCCCUCUGCUAAUCUAGUGGCUCUCUUCUCUCCAGACCAACGUGGCCCUGGUGUCCCCUCUGUUAAUCUGGUGGCUCUCUUCUCUCCAGACCAACAUGGUCCUGGUGUCCCCUCUGUUAAUAUGGUGGCUCUCCUCUCUCCAGACCAACGUGGCCCUGGUGUCCCCUCUGUUAAUCUAGUGGCUCUCUUCUCUCCAGACCAACGUGGCCCCUCUGUUAAUCUGGUGGCUCUCUUCUCUCCAGACCAACGUGGCCCUGGUGUCCCCUCUGUUAAUCUAGUGGCUCUCUUCUCUCCAGACCAACGUGGCCCCUCUGUUAAUCUAGUGGCUCUCUUCUCUCCAGACCAACGUGGCCCCUCUGUUAAUCUGGUGGCUCUCUUCUCUCCAGACCAACGUGGUCCUGGUGUCCCCUCUGUUAAUCUAGUGGCUCUCCUCUCUCCAGACCAACGUGGCCCUGGUGUCCCCUCUGUUAAUCUGGUGGCUCUCUUCUCUCCAGACCAACAUGGUCCUGGUGUCCCCUCUGUUAAUCUAGUGGCUCUCUUCUCUCCAGACCAACGUGGCCCCUCUGUUAAUCUGGUGGCUCUCUUCUCUCCAGACCAACGUGGUCCUGGUGUCCCCUCUGUUAAUCUAGUGGCUCUCCUCUCUCCAGACCAACGUGGCCCUAGUGUCCCCUCUGUUAAUCUAGUGGCUCUCUUCUCUCCAGACCAACGUGUCCCCUCUGUUAAUCUAGUGGCUCUCUUCUCUCCAGACCAACGUGUCCCCUCUGUUAAUCUAGUGUCUCUCCUCUCUCCAGACCAACGUGUCCCCUCUGUUAAUCUGGUGGCUCUCUUCUCUCCAGACCAACGUGGCCCUGGUGUCCCCUCUGCUAAUCUAGUGGCUCUCUUCUCUCCAGACCAACGUGGCCCUGGUGUCCCCUCUGUUAAUCUGGUGGCUCUCUUCUCUCCAGACCAACAUGGUCCUGGUGUCCCCUCUGUUAAUAUGGUGGCUCUCCUCUCUCCAGACCAACGUGGCCCUGGUGUCCCCUCUGUUAAUCUAGUGGCUCUCUUCUCUCCAGACCAACGUGGCCCCUCUGUUAAUCUGGUGGCUCUCUUCUCUCCAGACCAACGUGGCCCUGGUGUCCCCUCUGUUAAUCUAGUGGCUCUCUUCUCUCCAGACCAACGUGGCCCCUCUGUUAAUCUAGUGGCUCUCUUCUCUCCAGACCAACGUGGCCCCUCUGUUAAUCUGGUGGCUCUCUUCUCUCCAGACCAACGUGGUCCUGGUGUCCCCUCUGUUAAUCUAGUGGCUCUCCUCUCUCCAGACCAACGUGGCCCUGGUGUCCCCUCUGUUAAUCUGGUGGCUCUCUUCUCUCCAGACCAACAUGGUCCUGGUGUCCCCUCUGUUAAUCUAGUGGCUCUCUUCUCUCCAGACCAACGUGGCCCCUCUGUUAAUCUGGUGGCUCUCUUCUCUCCAGACCAACGUGGUCCUGGUGUCCCCUCUGUUAAUCUAGUGGCUCUCCUCUCUCCAGACCAACGUGGCCCUAGUGUCCCCUCUGUUAAUCUAGUGGCUCUCUUCUCUCCAGACCAACGUGUCCCCUCUGUUAAUCUAGUGGCUCUCUUCUCUCCAGACCAACGUGUCCCCUCUGUUAAUCUAGUGUCUCUCCUCUCUCCAGACCAACGUGUCCCCUCUGUUAAUCUAGUGGCUCUCCUCUCUCCAGACCAACCUGGCCCUGGUGUCCCCUCUGUUAAUCUGGUGGCUCUCUUCUCUCCAGACCAACAUGGUCCUGGUGUCCCCUCUGUUAAUCUAGUGGCUCUCUUCUCUCCAGACCAACGUGGCCCCUCUGUUAAUCUGGUGGCUCUCUUCUCUCCAGACCAACGUGGUCCUGGUGUCCCCUCUGUUAAUCUAGUGGCUCUCCUCUCUCCAGACCAACGUGGCCCUGGUGUCCCCUCUGUUAAUCUAGUGGCUCUCUUCUCUCCAGACCAACGUGUCCCCUCUGUUAAUCUAGUGGCUCUCUUCUCUCCAGACCAACGUGUCCCCUCUGUUAAUCUAGUGGCUCUCCUCUCUCCAGACCAACGUGUCCCCUCUGUUAAUCUAGUGGCUCUCUUCUCUCCAGACCAACGUGGCCCUGGUGUCCCCUCUGUUAAUCUAGUGGCUCUCCUCUCUCCAGACCAACGUGUCCCCUCUGUUAAUCUGGUGGCUCUCCUCUCUCCAGACCAACGUGUCCCCUCUGUUAAUCUGGUGGCUCUCCUCUCUCCAGACCAACGUGGCCCUGGUGUCCCCUCUGUUGCGGCUGGACAAUAACCACUGUCACAUUGAGGAGAGUGAGUACAUCCUGAAGAAGGCCCACAAGUACAGCGAGCUCAUCAUCCUGUAUGAGAAGAAGGGCCUGCACCAGAAAGGUAAUCAACAUUGUCACUAUGGCUGCGUUUACACAGGCAGCCCAAUUCUAAUAUUUUUUUUCACUGAUUGUUCUUUUGACCAAUCAGAUCAGCUCCCUUGACAAUAAUUGGGCAAAAGGUCAUAAUUGGGCUGGCUGUGUAAAUGCAGCCUAUCAAAGCUAUACUGCAGUCUUCAGAGUACUGUGAAUGAGGAGCAUUAACACUGUAGUACAUUUGAGUCCUUUAGUAGACACUCUCAUCCAGAGUUACAAUUAGUGCCUUCAACUUGCAUAGGUAAAACAACCACAUACGAUCGCCAUCAUUGUGGCUAUAACCUUCCAAAAUAGCCGCUAUCUACAAAGUCUGUGCUAGUGAGAGUAGAAGACCAGUGUUACACAGAGAGCAUCGGUUGUUCUGAGCAAGCAGGGGGACCAGAGAGAAAGGCCUUGUCUAUCUGUCUGAAGGAAGGACCCCUCUCAGAGCUCUGCUCUCUGUGGUGUGUGUCCUGUCUGAAGGAUAGUCAUGUUAUUAGUGGUGGUUCUGGGCCAGCCCAGUGUGUUUUGGAUAGUCAUGUUAUUAGUGGUGGUUCUGGGCCGGGCCAGUGUGUUUUGGAUAGUCAUGUUAUUAGUGGUGGUUCUGGGCCAGGCCAGUGUGUUUUGGAUAGUCAUGUUAUUAGUGGUGGUUCUGGGCCAGAGCCCAGUGUGUUUUGGAUAGUCAUGUUAUUAGUGGUGGUUCUGGGCCGGGCCAGUGUGUUUUGGAUAGUCAUGUUAUUAGUGGUGGUUCUGGGCCAGGCCAGUGUGUUUUGGAUAGUCAUGUUAUUAGUGGUGGUUCUGGGCCAGCCCAGUGUGUUUUGGAUAGUCAUGUUAUCAAUGGUGGUUCUGGGCCAGGCCAGUGUGUUUUGGAUAGUCAUGUUAUUAGUGGUGGUUCUGGGCCGGGCCAGUGUGUUUUGGAUAGUCAGGUUAUCAAUGGUGGUUCUGGGCCAGGCCAGUGUGUUUUGGAUAGUCAUGUUAUUAGUGGUGGUUCUGGGCCAGCCCAGUGUGUUUUGGAUAGUCAGGUUAUCAAUGGUGGUUCUGGGCCAGGCCAGUGUGUUUUGGAUAGUCAUGUUAUUAGUGGUGGUUCUGGGCCGGCCCAGUGUGUUUUGGAUAGUCAUGUUAUUAGUGGUGGUUCUGGGCCAGCCCAGUGUGUUUUGGAUAGUCAUGUUAUUAGUGGUGGUUCUGGGCCGGGCCAGUGUGUUUUGGAUAGUCAUGUUAUUAGUGGUGGUUCUGGGCCGGGCCAGUGUGUUUUGGAUAGUCAUGUUAUUAGUGGUGGUUCUGGGCCAGCCCAGUGUGUUUUGGAUAGUCAUGUUAUCAAUGGUGGUUCUGGGCCAGGCCAGUGUGUUUUGGAUAGUCAUGUUAUUAGUGGUGGUUCUGGGCCGGGCCAGUGUGUUUUGGAUAGUCAUGUUAUUAGUGGUGGUUCUGGGCCAGCCCAGUGUGUUUUGGAUAGUCAUGUUAUUAGUGGUGGUUCUGGGCCGGGCCAGUGUGUUUUGGAUAGUCAUGUUAUUAGUGGUGGUUCUGGGCCGGGCCAGUGUGUGUUUUUAAUCAUCAGUCUGCCACAAGCCGUUCUAGUGAUGUAAUGCUGCUGAGGUUUCUGUGUCCUCCUCUCUCUCUCUGUCUCUCUCUCUCUCUCAUCUCUCUCUCUGUCUCUCUCUCUCUCUCUCUCUCCUUCUCUCUCCUCUUCGCUCUCUCUCGCGCUCUCUCUCUCUCUUCUCCUCUCUAUCUCCCUCUGUUCUCUCUCUCUUUCUCCUCUCAUCUCCUCUCCUCUCUCUCUCAUCUCUCUCUUCUCUCUCUCUAGCUCUCGCUUCUCUCUCUCUCUCCUCUUCUCUCUCUCUCUCUCUCUUCUUUCUCUCUCUCUGUGUCUCCUCUCUUGUGUUCUCCGCUCUUUCUCUCUGUCUCUCUCUCUCUUGUUCUCUCUGUCUCUCUCUCUCUGUUCUCAUCUCUCUCUCUGUUCUCUCUCUCUCUCUGUCUCUCUCUCUCUCUCUGUCUCUCUCUCUCUCUCUCUCUCUCUCUGUCUCUGUCUCUCUCUCUCUCUCAAUUCAAUUUCAAUUCAAGGGGCUUUAUUGGCAUGGGAUACAUAUGUUUACAUUGCAAGUGAAAUAGAUAAUAAACAAUAAAAGUGAACAGUAAAUAUUACACUCACACAAAAGAAUAAAGACAUUUCAAAUGUCAUAUUAUGUCUAUAUAUAGUCGUUGUAACGAUGUGCAAAUAGUUAAAGUACAAAAGGGAAAAAUAAAUCAACAUAAAUAUAGUUUGUAUUUACAAUGGUGUUUGUUCUUCACUGGUUGCCCUUUUCUUGUGUUAACAGGUCACAAAUCUUCCAGCUGAGAUGGCACAUUGUUGUAUUUCACCGAAUAUAUAUGGGUUUUAUCAAAAUGUGAUUUGUUUUCGAAUUCUUUGUGUGAUCUGUGGGUAAUAUGUGUCAUACAUUUGGCAGGAGGUUAGGAAGUGCAGCUCAGUUUCCACCUCAUUUUGUGGGCAGUGUGCACAUAGCCUGUCUUCUCUUGAGAGCCAGGUCUGCCUACGGUGACCUUUCUCAGUAGCAAGGCUAUGCUCACUGAGUCUGUACUUAGUCAAAGCUUUGCUUAAUUUUGGUCAGUCACAGUGGUCAGGUAUUUUGCCACUGUGUACUCUCUGUUUAGGGCCAAAUAUCAUUCUAGUUUGCUCAGUUUUUUUGUUAAUUCUUUCCAGUGUGAAGUAAUUAUCUUUUUGUUUUCUCAUGAUUUGGUUGGGUCUAAUUGUGUUGUUGUCCUGGGGCUCAGUGGGGUCUGUUUGUGUUUGAACAGAGCCACAGGACCAGCUUGCUUAGGGGACUCUUCUCCAGGUUCAUCUCUCUGUAGGUGAUGGCUUUGUUAUGGAAGUUUUGGGAAUCGCUUCCUUUUAAGAGGUUGAAGAAUUUAUCUAUUUUCUGGAUUUUGAUAAUUAGUGGGUAUCGGCCUAAUUAUGCUCUGCAUGCAUUAUUUGUUGUACACUGAGGAUAUUUUUUGCAGAAUUCUGCAUGCAGAAUCUUGAUUUGGUGUUUGUCAAAUUUUGUGAAUUCUUGGUUGGUGAGCGGAUCCAAGACCUCACAACCAUAAAAGGCAAUGGGUUCUAUAACUGAUUCAAGUAUUUUUAGCCAGAUCCUAAUUGGUAUGUAAAAUUGUAUGUUCCUUUUGAUGGCAUAGAAGGCCCUUCUUGCCUUGUCUCUCAGAUCGUUCACAGCUUUGUGGAAGUUACCUGUGGCGCUGAUGUUUAGGCUGAGGUAUGUAUAGUUUUUUUUGAGUGCUCUGGGGCAACGGUGUCUAGAUGGAAUUUGUAUUUGUGGUCUUGGCAACUGGACCUUUUUUGGAACACCAUUAUUUUUGUCUUAGUGAGAUUUACUGUCAGGGCCCAGGUCUGACAGUAUCUGUGAAGAAGAUGUAGGUGCGGCUGUAAGCCCUCCUUGGUUGGGAACAGAAGCACAAGAUCAUCAGCAAACAGUAGACAUUUGACUUCAGAUUCUAGUAGGGUGAAGCCGGGUGCUGCAGACUGUUCUAGUGCCCUCGCCAAUUCAUUCAUAUAUACAGUUGAAGUAGAAAGUUUAAAUACACUUAGGUUGGAGUCAUUAAAACUCGUUUUUCAACCACUCCACACAUUUCUUGUUAACAAACUAUAGUUUUGGCAAGUCGGUUAGGACAUCUACUUUGUGCAUGACACAAGUAAUUUUUCCAACAAUUGUUUACAGACAGAUUGUUUUACUUAUAAUUCAUUGUAUCACAAUUCCAGUGGGUCAGAAGUUUACAUACACAAAGUUGACUGUGCCUUUAAACAGCUUGGAAAAUUCCAAAAAAUUAUGUCAUGGCUUUAGAAGCUUCUGAUAGGCUAAUUGACAUCAUUUGAGUCAAUUGGAGGUGUACCUGUGGAGGUAUUUCAAGGCCUACCUUCAAACUCAGUGCUUCUUUGCUUGACAUCAUGAAACAAUCUAAAGAAAUCAGCCAAGACCUCCACAAGUAGACCUCCACAAGUCUGGUUCAUCCUUGGGAGCAAUUUCCAAAUGCCUGAAGGUACCACGUUCAUCUGUACAAACAAUAGUAAGCAAGUAUAAACACCAUGGGACCACGCAGCCGUCAUACCGCUCAGGAAGGAGAUGCGUUCUGUCUCCAAGAGAUGAACGUACUUUGGUGCGAAAAGUGCAAAUCAAUCCCAGAACAACAGCAAAGGACCUUGUGAAGAUGCUGGAGGAAACAGGUACAAAAGUAUCUAUAGCCACAGUAAAACGAGUCCUAUAUCGACAUAACCUGAAAGGCCGCUCAGCAAGGAAGAAGCCACUGCUCCAAAACUGCCAUAAAAAAGGCAGACUACGGUUUGCAACUGCACAUUGGGACAAAGAUCGUACUUUUCGGAGAAAUGUCCUCUGGUCUGAUGAAACAAAAAUAUAAGUGUUUGGCCAAAAUGACCAUUGUUAUGUUUGGAGGGAAAAGGGUGGUAGCUUACAUGCCGAAGAACACCAUACCAAACUGUGAAGCAUGGGGGUGGCAGCAUCAUGCUGUGGGGGUGCUUUGCUGUAGGAGGGACUGGUGCACUUCACAAAAUUAUUAUUAUUAUUACAAAAUAGAUGGCAUCAUGAGGAAGGAAAAUUAUGUGGAUAUAUUGAUGCAACAUCUCAAGACAUCAGUCAGGAAGUUAAAGCUUGGUCGCAAAUGGGUCUUCCAAAUGGACAAUGACCCCAAGCAUACUUCCAAAGUUGUGGCAAAAUGGCUUAAGGACAACAAAGUCAAGGUAUUGGAGUGGCCAUCACAAAGCCCUGACCUCAAUCCUGUAGAAAAUGUGUGGGCAGAACUGAAAAAGCGUGUGCGAGCAAGGAGGCCUACAAACCUGACUCAGUUACACCAGCUCUGUCAGGAGGAAUGGGCCAAAAUUUACCCAACUUAUUGUGGGAAGCUUGUGGAAGGCUACCCGAAACGUUUGACCCAAGUUAAACAAUUUAAAGGCAAUGCUACCAAAUACUAAUUGAAUGUAUGUAAACUUCUGACCCACUGGGAAUGUGAUGAAAUAAAUAAAAGCUUAAAUAAAUCAUUCUCUCUACUAUUAUUCUGACAUUACACAUUCUUAAAAUAAAGUGGUGAUCCUAACUGACCUAAGACAGGGAAUUUUUACUAGGAUUAAAUGUCAGGAAUUGUGAAACUGAAUUGAAAUGUAUUUGGCUAAGGUGUAUGUAAACUUCCGGCUUCAACUGUAACUCUGGGUCUUCCAUUCCUGUGGUGGUCGUGAUGAGAGCCAGUUUCAUCAUAGCGCUUGGGAUAAGUGGUUUAUCUAUACAUCUCCGUUUUGGAUAGAUAACUCUCUGUCUGUCCGUCUCUCGCUCUCUCUCUUUCUCCCUGUCUUUCUCUGUCAAUUCAGUUCAAUUGAAGGGCUUUAUUGGCAUGGGAAACGUAUGUUAACAUUGCCAAGGCAAGUUAAAUAGAUAGUAAACAAAAUUAAAUUAACAGUAAAUAUUAACUGUAAACAUUACACUCACAGAAGUUCCAAAAGAAUAAAGACAUUUCAAAUGUCAUAUUAUGUGCCAAUACAUUGCUCAAAAAAAUUAUGGGAACACUAAAAUAACACAUCCUAGAUCUGAAUGAAUGAAAUAAUCUUAUUAAAUACUUUUUUCUUUACAUAGUUGAAUGUGCUGACAACAAAAUCACACAAAAAUUAUCAAUGGAAAUCAAAUUUAUCAACACAUGGAUGUCUGGAUUUGGAGUCACACUCAAAAUUAAAGUGGAACUUCAGGCUGAUCCAACUUUGAUGUAAUGUCCUUAAAACAAGUAAAAAUAAAGCUCAGUAGUGUGUGUGGCCUCCACGUGCCUGUAUGACCUCCCUACAACGCCUGGGCAUGCUCCUGAUGAGGUGGCGGAUGGUCUCCUGAGGGAUCUCCUCCCAGACCUGGACUAAAGCAUCCGCCAACUCCUGGACAGUCUGUGGUGCAACGUGGCAUUGGUGGUUGGAGCGAGACAUGAUGUCCCAGAUGUGCUCAAUUGGAUUCAGGUCUGGGGAACGGGCAGGCCAGUCCAUAGCAUCAAUGCCUUCCUCUUGCAGGAACUGCUGACACACUCCAGCCACAUGAGGUCUAGCAUUGUCUUGCAUUAGGAGGAACCCAGGGCCAACCACACCAGCAUAUGGUCUCACAAGGGGUCUGAGGAUCUCAUCUCGGUCCCUAAUGGCAGUCAGGCUACCUCUGGCGAGCACAUGGAGGGCUGUGCAGCCCCCCAAAGAAAUGCCACCCCACACCAUGACUGACCCACCGCCAAACCGGUCAUGCUGGAGGAUGUUGCAGGCAGCAGAACGUUCUCCACGGCGUCUCCAGACUCUGUCACGUCUGUCACAUGUGCUCAGUGUGAACCUGCUUUCAUCUGUGAAGAGCACAGGGCGCCAGUGGCGAAUUUGCCAAUCUUGGUGUUCUCUGGCAAAUGCCAAAUGUCCUGCACGGUGUUGGGCUGUAAGCACAAUCCCCACCUGUGGAUGUCGGGCCCUCAUACCACCCUCAUAGAGUCUGUUUCUGACCGUUUGAGCAGACACAUGCACAUUUGUGGCCUGCUGGAGGUCAUUUUGCAGGGCUCUGGCAGUGCUCCACCUGCUCCUCCUUGCACAAAGGCGGCGGUAGCGGUCCUGCUGCUGGGUUGUUGCCCUCCUACGGCCUCCUCCACGUCUCCUGAUGUACUGGCCUGUCUCCUGGUAGCGCCUCCAUGCUCUGGACACUACGCUGACAGACACAGCAAACCUUCUUGCCACAGCUCGCAUUGAUGUGCCAUCCUGGAUGAGCUGCACUACCUGAGCCACUUGUGUGGAUUGUAGACAACGUCUCAUGCUACCACUAGAGUGAAAGCACCGCCAGCAUUCAAAAGUGACCAAAACAUCAGCCAGGAAGCAUAGGAACUGAGAAGUGGUCUAUGGUCACCACCUGCAGAACCACUCCUUUAUUGGGGGUGUCUUGCUAAUUGCCUAUAAUUUCCACCUGUUGUCUAUUCCAUUUGCACAACAGCAUGUGAAAUUUAUUGUCAAUCAGUGUUGCUUCCUAAGUGGACAGUUUGAUUUCACAGAAGUGUGAUUGACUUGGAGUUACAUUGUGUCGUUUAAGUGUUCCCUUUAUUGUUUUGAGCAGUGUAGUUAAAGCUCUUUUCUUGUGGCAACAGGUCACAAAUCUUUUUGAUGGCACACUGUGGUAUUUCACCCAAUAGAUAUGGGAGUUUAUCAAAAUGGGAUUUGUUUUCUAAUUCUUUGUGGGUCUGUGUAAUCUGAGGGAAAUAUGUGUCUCUAAUAUGGUCAUACAUUUGGCAGGAGGUUAGGAAGUGCAGCUCAGUUUCCACCUCAUUUCUCUCUCUACCUCUCUCUGUCUCUCUCUCUCUCUACAUCUCUACCUUAGUCAGUUAAAGUUAAAUUCCUUCUGGCUGUUUAAACACAGAGAGUUGUAAUCAUGAUAGUUGAUCACAUUACCUUUUUCCCUUCCUCCCCUAGUCCUGCUCUUCUUCGUCCCCUAGUCCUGCUCCUCUUCCUCCCCUAGUCCUGCUCCUCUUCCUCCCCUAGCCCUGCUCCUCUUCCUCCCCUAGUCCUGCUCCUCUUCCUCCCCUAGUCCUGCUCCUCUUCCUCCCCUAGUCCUGCUCCUCUUCCUCCCCUAGUCCUGCUCCUCUUCCUCCCCUAGCCCUGCUCCUCUUCCUCCCCUAGUCCUGCUCCUCUUCCUCCCCUAGCCCUGCUCCUCUUCCUCCCCUAGUCCUGCUCCUCUUCCUCCUCUAGCCCUGCAGGUGUUGUUGGACCAGUCCACCAAGGCUAACUCUCUCCUCUUCCUCCCCUAGUCCUGCUCCCCUUCCUCCCCUGCUCCUCUUCCUCCUCUAGCCCUGCAGGUGUUGUUGGACCAGUCCACCAAGGCUAACUCUCCCCUCUUCCUCCUCUAGCCCUGCAGGUGUUGUUGGACCAGUCCACCAAGGCUAACUCUCCCCUCUUCCUCCCCUCUUCCUCCCCUCUUCCUCCCCUAGCUCUGCAGGUGUUGUUGGACCAGUCCACCAAGGCUAACUCUCCCCUAAAGGGGCAUGAGAGGACUGUGCAGUACCUCCAGAGACUGGGUGAGCUCACCUCCCAACACCACCUCAACACUAUGUUUUAAACAUCCAAAUAAAAACUGGGUUAGAGACAUACAAUAGGCUUUACAGACAACAUAUGUAAAUGUGUGACUGACAGAGAACACGUGCACACGGUUAUAGCACCAUAACACCAAAUGAAUACCACAUACUGCUCAAUAACUAUCAUACCCACAUCCCACUCUCAUCUCUGAGCUCUCUAAGACUCCUCUUUUUCUCUCCUCAGGGAUGGAGAAUCUGGGCAUCAUCUUUGAGUUCUCUCCCUGGGUGCUGAAGAUCUGUCCUGAAGACGGACUGAAGGUGAGAGAGUGCCUCAAUUCCAAAUCGACCCCUUUCCCUUGCCCCUACACUCGAUGGAGUGACACUCCUUGUGACGUGUUUAAUACUGCAGAAUCGAGGGCCACUUGGAGAUGAAACCAAGGGAUCAAUAAAUGCAUCAACUUCUAAACACCCUCCAACUUGAGGGAGAAUUUAAUGUGAAAAUCAUGAAACAAGAAAAUUGUCACAGUAUUUAUAUUGUGUGUCUGUCUCUGCCCCAGAUCUUCACUGAGGACCUGACGGAGGUAGAGACCCUGCCCAGAGACAAGGUCCUGAACUUCCUGAAGGAGGGUUUUAAGGAGAUGGCCUGUGCCCUACCUGGAGCCAAUCAUACAUGUUCUGGGAGGAGGACCAUGACCAGAGUUCCAUAACGUCCUCAUACAGCUUGGUACCUAUGAGAGGGUCCCAGGGGCUCCAUGAAGCAGUACCUCAACCUCCCUGCCCGAGGGUAAGAUCUACUACUACUAUGCUACUACUACUAUCACUACUACUACUACCACCAUACUACCACUACUUACUGACCACCACUACUACUACUAUACUACACUACUGACUACGACGACGAUACGACACAGACGGCUACCGAACUAAGUACUACUACGAUCGUAGACUACUACGAAGCACGACGAAGACGACCACCACGACGACUACCACCACUACUACCUACACCACUGACUACCACGACUACACUACUACUACUACUAACUACUACUACUACACUACUACUACUACUGACUACUACUACACUACUACACUACUACUACUACAGCUACUACUAUCACUACUAUCACUACUACCUACUACACCAUAACUACUACUACUACUACACUACUAAUACCUACUACUACUACUACUAUACACUACUACUCACUACUACUUACUACACACUAACUACUUACUACUACACUACACUUACUACACCAUACAUACUACUCACUACUCUACUACUACUACUCUACUGCUACUACUACUACUACUGAUCUACGACUACUACUACUACUACUACUAUACUACUACUACUAUACUACUACCACUACUACUACUACUACUCAUCUCUACUACUACUACUACUACUACUACUGACUACUACUACUACUACCACUAUCACUACUACUACUCUACUACUGACUACUACUCUACUACUACUACUACUACUACUACUACUACUACUACUACUACUACUACUACUACUACUAUCACUACUACUACUACUACUACUACUACUAUCACUACUGGUACUACUACUACUACUACUACUACUACUACUAUCACUUCUACUACUACUACUACUACUACUACUACUACUACUUCUACUACUACUACUACUAGUACUGCUACUACUAUUACUACAGUACUGAUACAGCUGUACCUAGAGAUGGUCCAGGGACUCAUGAAGCAGUACCUCAACUGUUUACUACUACUGCCGCUACUACUAUCACUACUACUACUCAAAUCAAAAUCAAAUCAAAUGUUAUUUGUCACAUGCACCGAAUACAACAGGUGUAGAACUUACCGUGAAAUGCUUACUUACAAGCCCUUAACCAACAAUGCAGUUCAAUAAAUAGUUAAGAAAAGAUUUACGAAAUAAAGUUAAAAAUAAAAAUGUCACACAAUAAAAUAACAAUAAUGAGGCAAUAUACAGUACCUAUACCGAGUCAAUGUGCGGGGGUACAGGUUAGUCGUGGUAACUUGUACAUGUAGGUAGGGGUAAAGUGGAGUAGCAGCAGUGUAAAAACAAAGGGGUUGUCAAUGUAAAUAUUCCGGGUGGCCAUUUUAUUAAUUGUUCAGGAGUCUUAUGGCUUGGGGGUAGAAGCUGUUAGGGAGCCUUUUGGACCUAGACUUGCCGCUCCAGUACCGCUUGCCGUGCAGUAGCAGAGAGAACAGUCUGACUUGGUUGACUGGAGUCUUUGACAAUUUUUUGGGCCUUUCCCUGACAACGCCUAGUGUAUAGGUCCUGGAUGGCAGGAAGCUUGGCCCCAGUGAUGUACUGGGCUGUACACACUACCCUCUGUAGUGCCUUGCGGUCGUAGGCCAAGCAGUUAUCAUACCAGGCGGUGAUGCAACCGGUCAGGAGGCUCUUGAUGGUGCAGCUGUAGAACUUUGAGGAUCCCAUGCCAAAUCUUUUCAGUCUCCUGAGGGGGAAAGGGUGUUGUCAUGCCCUCUUCACGACUGUCUUGGUGUGUUUGGACCAUGAUAGUUUGUUGGUGAUGUGGACACCAAGGAACUUGAAACUCUCGACCCGCUCCACUACAGCCCCGUGGAUGUUAAUGGGGCCCUGUUCGGCCGGCCUUUUCCUGUAGUCCACAAUCAGCUCUUUUGUCUUGCUCACAUUGAGGGCGAGGUUGUUGUCCUGGCACCACACUGCCAGGUCUCUGACCUCCUCCCUAUAGGCUGUCUCAUCGUUGUUGGUGAUCAGGCCUACCACUGUUGUGUCGUCAGCAAACUUAAUGAUGGUGUUGGAGUCGUGCCUGGCCAUGCAGUCAUGGGUGAACAGGGAGUACAGGAGGGGACUAAGCACGCACCCCUGAGGGGCCCCCGUGUCGAGGAUCAGCGUGGCAGAUGUGUUGUUGCCUACACGUACCACCUGGGGGCGGCCCGUCAGGAAUUCCAGGAUCCAGUUGCAGAGGGAGGUGUUAGUCCCAGGGUCCUUAGCUUAGUGAUGAGCUUUGAGGGCACUAUGGCGCUGAACGCUGAGCUGUAGUCAAUGAACAGCAUUCUCACAUAGGUGUUCCUUUUGUCCAGGUGGGAAAGGGCAGUGUGGAAUGCGAUUGAGAUUGCGUCAUCUUUGGAUCUGUUGGGGCAGUAUGUGAAUUGGAGUGGGUCUAGGGUUUCCAGGAUGAUGGUGUUGAUGUGAGCCAUGACUAGCCUUUCAAAGCACUUCAUGGCUACCGACGUGAGUGCUACAGGUCGGUAGUCAUUUAGGCAGGUUACCUUCGCUUUCUUGGGCACAGGGACUAUGGUGGUCUGCUUGAAACAUGUAGGUAUUACAGACUCGGUCAGGGAGAGGUUGAAAAUGUCAGUGAAGACACUUGCCAGUUGGUCUGCGCAUGCUCUGAGUACACGUCCUGGUAAUCUGUCUGGCCCUGCGGCCUUGUGAAUGUUGUCCUGUUUAAAGGUCUUGCUCACAUCGGCGACGGAGAUCGUGAUCACACAGUCAUCCGGAACAGCUGAUGCUCUCAUGCAUACUUCAGUGUUGCUUGCCUCGAAGCGAGCAUAAAAAGGCAUUUAGCUUGUCUGGUAGGCUCGCGUCACUGGGCAGCUCGCAGCUGGGUUUCCCGUAAUAGUUUGCAAGCCCUGCCACAUCCGACGAGUGUCAGGGCAUAGCGGGAUUUCUUAUAAGCGUCCGGAUUUGCAUUCCGCUCCUUGGGAUAUGUAUGUACGGUCACUGUAGGGUCAACGUCGUCCAUGCACUUAUUGAUGAAGCCAGUGACUGAUGUGGUGUACUCCUCAAUGCCAUCGGAAGAGGGCGAGAGAGAGCUUUGUAUGCGUCUCUGUGUGUGGAGUAAAGGUGGUCUAGAGUUCUUUUUUUUUUUUACGUCUGGUUGCACAUUUAACAUGCUGGUAGAAAUUAGGUAAAACGGAUUUAAGUUUCCCUGCAUUAAAGUCCCCGGCCACUAGGAGCGCCGCCUCUGGAUGAGCGUUUUCCUGUUUUCUUAUGGCCUUAUACAACUCAUUGAGUGCAAUCUUAAUGCCAGCAUCGGUUUGUGGUGGUAAAUAGACGGCUAAAAAUAAUAUAGAUAAUCUCUCUUGGUAGAUAGUGUGGUCUACAGCUUAUCAUGAGGUACUCUACCUCAGGCGAGCAAUACCUUGAGACUUCUUUAAUAUUAGACAUUGCGUACCAGCUGUUAUUGACAAAUAGACACACACCCCCGCCCCUCGUUUUACCAGACGUAGCUGUUCUGUCCUGCCGAUGCACGGAAAACCCAGCCAACUCUAUAUUAUCCGUGUCGUCGUUCAGCCACGACUCGGUGAAACAUAAGAUAUUACAGAUAGUCUUGAUCGUAGGUCAUCCAGUUUAUUUUCCAGUGAUUGCACGUUGGCCAAUAGAACGGAUGGUAGAGGCGGUUUACCCACUCGCCGAAGAAUUCUCACAAGGCACCCCGACCUCCGCCCCCUGUAUUUCUCAUGAAGCAGUCCCUCAACUCCCUGCCUGAAGGAAAGACCUGCCUAAGGGACGACUAUACACACUACUGGAGGCCUGUGGAUAAGCCAGCAGUUAUCAGCCAGUAGGGCUGAGCGAUUAACCGAAAUGUCGGUUAUCUUUCGUUUUUUAAACAACUAAUUGACUUGCGCCGGUUCAGUUAUUUGAAAUUCCAUUUCGUUCUGUUUUUGUCUGUGAGCUCAAUGCGCACAUUGCGCUGCAGUUUCUCUAGAGAUGCAUCAGGUCAUGCCUGAACUGUGCGAUGUACUAGGGAGGUGUAGUUUCCAACAUGCCGAUGUUCUACAUAGUUUAGCGUUGAAAACGUGAUAAUGAACUACAAUGAUCAUGAUCCAAUCCGCGGCUGUGUUUCUUUUACGCCUGCUACGUAAGGUACCGAAGAAUGCACGGUCAAGUGGGGAUACAUGGAGAGCAGUUUCUUCGAGGUAUCGCUAUCUGAAAAUACAUCUACAGUGAGGGAAAAAAGUAUUUGAUCCCCUGCUGAUUUUGUAUGUUUGCCCACUGACAAAGACAUGAUCAGUCUAUAAUUUUAAUGGUAGGUUUAUUUGAACAGUGAGAGACAGAAUAACCCCCCCAAAAAAUUCAGAAAAAACACAUGUCAAAAAUGUUACAAAUUGAUUUGCAUUUUAAUGAGGGAAAUAAGUAUUUGACCCCUCUGCAAAACAUUACUUAGUACUUGGUGGCAAAACCCUUGUUGGCAAUCACAGAGGUCAGACGUUUCUUGUAGUUGGCCACCAGGUUUGCACACAUCUCAGGAGGGAUUUUGUCCCACUCCUCUUUGCAGAUCUUCUUCAAGUCAUUAAGGUUUCGAGGCUGACGUUUAGCAACUCGAACCUUCAGCUCCCUCCACAGAUUUUCUAUGGGAUUAAGGUCUUGAGACUGGCUAGGCCACUCCAGGACCUUAAUGUGCUUCUUCUUGAGCCACUCCUUUGUUGCCUUGGCCGUGUGUUUUGGGUCAUUGCCAUGCUGGAAUACCCAUCCACGACCCAUUUUCAAUGCCCUGGCUGAGGGAAGGAGGUUCUCACCCAAGAUUUGAUGGUACAUGGCCCUGUCCAUCAUCCCUUUGAUGCGGUGAAGUUGUCCUGUCCCCUUAGCAGAAAAACACCCCCAAAGCAUAAUGUUUCCACCUCCAUGGUUGACUGUGGGGAUGGUGUUCUUGGGGUCAUAGGCAGCAUUCCUCCUCCUCCAAAAACGGCGAGUUGAGUUGAUGCCAAAGAGCUCGAUUUUGGUCUCAUUUGACCACAACACUUUCACCCAGUUCUCCUCUGAAUCAUUCAGAUGUUCAUUGGCAAACUUCAGACGGGCCUGUAUAUGUGCUUUCUUGAGCAGGGGGACCUUGCGGGCACUGCAGGAUUUCAGUCCUUCACAGAGGAGUGUGUUACCAAUUGUUUUCUUGGUGACUAUGGUCCCAGCUGCCUUGAGAUCAUUGACAAGAUCCUCCCGUGUAGUUCUGUGCUGAUUCCUCACCGUUCUCAUGAUCAUUGCAACUCCACAAGGUGAGAUCUUGCAUGGAGCCCCAGGCCGAGGGAGAUUGACAGUUCUUUUGUGUUUCUUCCAUUUGCGAAUAAUCGCACCAACUGUUGUCACCUUCUCACCAAGCUGCUUGGCGAUGGUCUUGUAGCCCAUUCCAGCCUUGUGUAGCUCUACAAUCUUGUCCCUGACAUCCUUGGAGAGCUCUUUGGACUUGGCCAUGUUGGAGAGUUUGGAAUCUGAUUGAUUGAUUGCUUCUGUGGACAGGUGUCUUUUAUACAGGUAACAAACUGAGAUUAGGAGCACUCCCUUUAAGAGUGUGCUCCUAAUCUCAGCUCGUUACCUGUAUAAAAGACACCUGGGAGCCAGAAAUCUUUCUGAUUGAGAGGGGGUCAAAUACUUAUUUCCCUCAUUAAAAUGCAAAUCAAUUUAUAACAUUUCUGACAUGCGUUUUUCUGGAUGUUUUUGUUGUUAUUCUGUCUCUCACUGUUCAAAUAAACCUACCAUUAAAAUUAUAGACUGAUCAUGUCUUUGUCAGUGGGCAAACGUACAAAAUCAGCAGGGGAUCAAAUACUUUUUUCCCUCACUGUAAGUGACUGAGAGUUGGUAUUCAGCAGUCAUAAAAGUAUGCCUUAUUUACUACUACAAUAGUGAUUUUGUCAAAUUGCAAAGACAGCAGCUCUAUGGAGAUGAUAUGACGACCUGAAUGAAAUAAUAAAGUCAUCAAAUAAAACAAAUGCAAUAUACACAAGAACUGAAAUAUUUUAUUGAAGUAAAGUAAUGUGAAUAACUGAUGGCUAAUAAGUGAUAAGCAGUAUUUUGGCAGUCGCUACCAUCAUGGGACUUUUAUUCAUGGUUUUAUUCUGUGUUACGGCAUUCAACCCACAUAAUGCAUAGUGCAUUUCAUGUUUAAAAAAUAUAAUCGAAAUCGAAACGACCUCAGAAAGCACUAAUCGCUCAGCACUAUCAGCCAGCGUAUCUUACUGGACUGAGAAAAUGGACAAAAUACUUUUUGGAAGCCUGCGAAAUAUCUAGUAUCAUCGAUCUAUAAAUGGCCCUGGCCCCAUCACACUUCCCUGAGGUACUCCAUAGCUGAUAUGUGAUAUUCUAAUAGAUCUGUCUGUUUUGUCUUCCUGUAGGGGUUCCUGGAGUGGCUGCUGGGAAGGAGGAGGGGGACCUGGGAGAGUUCAGGAAGAAGCUAGUGUGUUUCCUGGAGGUCUCUACCAGCUACGAACCAGGACGACUCAUCUCCGACUUCCCCUUCGAUGGUGAGGAGACCAGAAGGCUAUAGUAGAGACUGUAAACUAUUGUAGGGACUGUAGAGGUGUUUCCUGGAGGUCUCUACCAGCUACGAACCAGAACGACUCAUCUCUGACUUGAGAAUGGGAUGGUUGUGGGUAGAUUCAACAGUUAUUGUGCUUCCUCCUGACUGGUUGUACUUCCAGUGAUCGUAUGCAGUCCUUUUAUUACUUUUUUUAGUUUAUUAUUAUUAUUAUUAUUUAUUUUUACUUCUUUAGUUGAAAGUACUGAUUGGAUAAGAGAGUUUGUUUGGUACUCUAGCCUGGGUCCCAGAUCUGUUUGUGCUGUCUUGCCAACUCCUAUGGCAAAUGGCUGUAUGCUAGCCUCCGUGAAUGUGUGUUCACCAUGCCACUAGGUUGAAGAUGACAAAGGUUAAGACACGAGGAUUGUGAUAUCCCAGAGCUCUUUGCAUGAAUGAGGAAGAAUUCGAAACAAUGGGACCAGCGAUGCUAGUUAGCAACGACGCUGGUCUCAUUUAAUCUGUUUUUUUAAAAGCUUCCGCAUGGAAUCAUAACUUGUCCUAACCUGGGUAUCUUCAACCUAGUGGCACGGUGAACACACAUUCACGGAGGCUAGCACACAGCCUCAGCCGUGUCGUUUGUCUGUGUCAGGUCUUCUGGAGGAGCGUGCCCUGCUGCUGGGUCGGAUGGGGAAACAUGAACAGGCCCUCUUCAUCUACGUACACGUCCUGAAGGACACACACAUGGCCAAGGAGUGAGUAGUACUAUACACACACACAACACACCACACACACACACACACACACACACACACACACACACACACACACACACACACACACACACACACACACACACACACACACGGAUAGUUAGCUGACGAAGGUUUAGCCUCUUCCCCUCUGAAGUCUACUGAGAAUCUGUGCCGGCAGGAAAAAAAUAGCCUUUUUCAUUAGACACCAAACAUGGUGACUUGGUGGGGGCUGGGUUGGGCUGGGGAAAGGGGAAGGGAUGACACCAAACAUGGUGACUUGGUGGGGGCUGGGUUUGGGCUGGGGAAAGGGGAAGGGAUGACACCAAACAUGGUGACUUGGUGGGGGCUGGGUUGGGCUGGGGAAAGGGGAAGGGAUGACACCAACAUGGUGACUUGGUGGGGGCCGGGUUGGGCUGGGGAAAGGGGAAGGGAUGACACCAAACAUGGUGACUUGGUGGGGGCUGGGUUGGGCUGGGGAAAGGGGAAGGGAUGACACCAAACAUGGUGACUUGGUGGGGGCUGGGUUGGGCUGGGGAAAGGGGAAGGGAUGACACCAAACAUGGUGACUUGGUGGGGGCCGGGUUGGGCUGGGGAAAGGGGAAGGGAUGACACCAAACAUGGUUGACUUGGUGGGGCUGGGUUGGGCUGGGGAAAGGGGAAGGGAUGACACCCAAACAUGGGUGACUUGGUGGGGGCUGGGUUGGGCUGGGGAAAGGGGAAGGGAUGACACCAAACAUGGUGACUUGGUGGGGGCUGGGUUGGAAGGGGAAGGGAUUUAACACUUGCUCAUGCAUCAUGUGACACCAAAUAAUACUGGGACCAUUUCAACACUAUUGCAUGUUCAGCAGAUGAUAAUAAUAAUAAUAUGCCAUUUAGCAGACGCUUUUAUCCAAAGCGACUUACAGUCAUGUGUGCAUGCAUUUUUGUGUAUGGGUGGUCCCUGGGAUCGAACCCACUACCUUGGCGUUACAAGCGCCGUGCUCUACCAGCUGAGCUACAGAGGACCUUAAAGAAAAUUGCAGUUUUCCUACUCGUUCUAUAGUACAGUCUUUCUUAUUUUCCAGUAUUUUUUUCCCCGUGAUUUAUAUUGAGACAAACAAACAAAUGUUUCGAUUCCUACCUGUUAUCGUUCUAUCUCAAUAAACACUGGGCCCAAUAUGAAAGUUAAGGGUUUAAUGCCAGGGAACCGUGUUACCGGAAUUUCCUGCCCAAACCCACUCCCUUUUCCCAGGAUGAAUAAUUGCGAGAAACCGGUAAAACAUAAUAAACAGCGUGACGUGAAACGGAACUGUUCAAUUAUAUGCAAUGUCUAAAUCUGUCUUCAUAUUUACUAUGUACCGUAUCUACUCAGGGUGUGUUGUUGUAGCCUGCUGUUAAAGUGUACUGCUAGCUAGCUAGCUAACGUUAGCUGGCAGGCUAGUUAGCUAACGUUACGUGUAUGAUCUGUGUAGUAAUAUUAUUUGUAUGUUGACCGGCAGUGGCAAGUGGCAGAGAGACGGCGCUGACAAUAGCAAUUUUCAUCCCUCGACUCCAGCCGUGUCAACUGGUAAAUAUUGGCUGAUAUUUCAGUCAGAUGUCUAGCUAGCUAGGUAGCUCAAGGGCUCUGGCAAUUAGCCAUGUAGCUAGCUAUAAAUAGCUGGUUAGAAGCUAACGUUGAACGGAGCCUGAACUCAGCAGGAGCAGUUGACUGAAAAUAAGCUAGCUAUAAUCAGAAGAUGGGCUACUAUAACUUAUCGUAAACAAAAUACCUUUGCGCGGUUGCAUAAGACAUAUGCGUUUAGCUUAAGGAAUAAUUUUCUCUUACCUAAGGGAAUUGUUUAAGGGUGUUUGCAUAGAGCCCCUCAAAUAUGUCCUUAGGUAAGGGCAUACUUAAGGGGUUUUACGGUAGUUUGAAGGCAUGUAUGGCAGAAAGAGUACCUGGUUUCCAUGGAGACGGCCUGAUUCACUGACUAAACGUCUCGUCAAAGAGAUCGCUUUAAUUUUGUGAGAUAGCAAAAUAGAACUUCUACAAUCGAGACAGGAUAACCAAAUUGUUUCAGAAGAUAAUAAAUCUUGUUUCUUGUAGUUACUUUUUUCUCAACUGUUGUUUAUAUUACUUUCUAGUACGUCAAGCUAGCUAACAGAGUAACUAUAGCUAACUAGCCAGCUAGCUUUGUAGCCAUGGAUUGUGCACCUUCCAUUGUUUUAGCUAAGUAGCUAGCUGGUUGAUGUUUUCCUUUUGUAACCAGAGCGGAUGAAAGCAACAUUUCACCUCCACGAAUGCUGUUUACAUUGAUAUCCAUACUGAAUGAAGCAGUUAAGGGACCUCAUGAGCACCCUUAACUUUUUUUCAUUUAAUUUAAGGGGGAAAUUCACCUUUUUAAAAUGUUUUGUGCAACUGACUUUAACGUUAAGGAAACUUUUAAGGGAAAAGAUAAGGGGGGAAUUAACUUAAUGUGUUGUUAUGCAAGCCGGCCCUUUACUUUACAGAGAGUAGUGAGACUGAUAGGGGUCCCCUGAGAGAAACCUAUCGAACACAUGAAUAACUAGUUUUUCUUCAUAAGGGUAUAGAAUACGACAUUUUAGAGUCUCCUAAUGGCCUUUUUUACACAGUCAGAAUUCCCUUUCGUCUUAAGUGUUUGGACAGCCUUUGGGACAUAACAUUUUGUGGAAUAUAAAGACCAUUUAAAUAUAAAGACAAUUUUAUGUUAUCAUAUGCACUGAACAAAAAUAUAAGUUUUAUAUAAGGAAAUCAGUCAACAUCAUCAGUCCUGACUUACCACUCAUGUAUGUAGUAAAUAAGUCGUGAAACACGUAUUAUAGAGGAGAACUUGUAAGGUAGUGAUGAAUAGUAAGGUAGUUAUGAAUAGGAAGGUAGUGAUGAAUAGUAAGGUAGUUAUGUUAUUUUUUUACAAGUUUGUUGCACAGCCAUUGAAGAGGAGUGGGACAAUAUUCCACAGGCCACAAUCAACAGCCUGAUCAACUCUAUGCGAAGGAGAUGUGUCGGCGCUGCAUGAGGUGGUCACACGACUGGUUUUCUGAUCCAUGCCCCUACCUUUUUUUUAAAAGGUAUCUGUGACCAACAGAUGUACAUCUGUAUUCCCUGUCAUGUGAAAUCCAUAGAUUAGGGCCUAAUGAAUUUAUUUAAAUCGACUGAUUUCCUUUUAUGAACUGUAACUCAGUAAAGUCUUUGAAAUUGUUGCAUGUUGCAUUUAUAUUUUUGUUCAGUCCAAAAUUGCUUUUUAAUUCUGUCAUGGAAAUAAAUGUAUUUCCUAUGCCUUUAGUUUUCCAUGUGGACCAAUUUAUCUGUGAAUUGUGAAAAGCUCUCCAAGGAUUGUUCCACCGGGGUGUGUUUUCAGGGAGUGAUAUUGGUUCUUGUAGAAUACAUUUCAUUUUCUCCCAUGUUGUUAUAGGGUUCUUAACAUUGAAGUUGGUAAUGUUGAAAAUCGACAAAUUAAAAUAUUCUGGGGAUGACUAUGUACCCAUUGUUCCUCUUUAGUGCAGUUAACUAAAUGUCACAAGUAAAAGCCUUGGGUGGCGAGUUGAUACAAUUCCAAGUCUGGAAGUUUUAUUUGCCCAAAGUGGGCAGUUCUUAAGCUCUCUUCAAACACUUCUCUGCCCAGGAUGGUGUUUCCUGCUGAACUCUUCCCAGCUCUCCCUGUACCCCAGCAGCACAAUCCUCAGCUCUUGAGAGUUGGAGGGAGUCUUCUGGCAGAGAGACUGAGGGAGAGAGACCUGUUAUCCAUUUCUAAUUGUUUCAUUCUGAAUGCCGUUGUAAAGCUGUCGUUAGUACUGUCAACUGAUCAAAGUCAGUAGUACCUCAGGUGCCUUAGCCGACUCACCUCACCUUCCAUGGCUAAAGCUCAAUACACAGAGAGACUCAGUUUAUCUUUCCUAUAUUCCUUGCAGCAUCUCUCCUCGCCUCCUCCUCUAAAAACACACUGGAGAAGGUCAGAGGGCAGGGAUCUCGGGCUCGAUUGAGUAGGAGAUAGGAUAUGAGGAACGGCAGAAAGACCGUUAGAUUCAGGGACUGUUAUGUUGUGGUUUGCAACUAUUGCUAUUGCAGUUCCUCGUGGGGCCACAGUGGGAAAAACAGAUGACAAGUGUUGCUUUUUAAAGGAGCCUAUAAGAAUGAAUAACAUUUAGGUGUUACCUUGAUGUUCGUAGGCCAACAGUAUUCACACAAUGCGACAGCUCCUUAGCUUUGAUUUGUCAAAUAAUAAUCUUAAAGUUGAGGCGCUUACCAGAAUGUGAGGUUACAUUCCUGCGUUAAACUAGAGGACUGCCAGAUUUGAACCCUGUUGUCUGUCGUUACAAAUGAAAGUAUAAUACUUAGUUGUUAUGAACCAAACAGUUUUUAGAAAGGUGGCUUGAAAACAUUUGCUUAGUAUCAGAAAGAUAUCAAAGAAAAUAAACAAAACAAAAAACUUCACGCUGCUGGUGAGGGAAUGAAAGUUAGAGACCACGUUUCCUUUUUUUUGUUUCUAGGGAGUGGCAGUUGUUAUGCCAACGCGUAAGCCCCAAUAACACAGGACUGCUCAGUGAUGUUUAUAGCAGAUAAUACACCAAAGCAAAAAAUAUAUACGUUUGCAUAUGUUCUUGAAGUUUUGAGAAAUGGUUUUUAUCCUGUUAAAUAAUAUUUAAAUAAGUAUUUUAAAGGCCCAGUGCAGACAGAAUCCAGAUUUCCCUGUGUUUUAAUAUAGGGUUCCCAAUAUCCCUAGGGUUCCCAAUAUCCCUAGGGUUCCCAAUAUCCCUAGGGUUCCCAAUAUCCCUAGGGUUUCCAAUAUCCCUAGUGUUCCCAAUAUCCCUAGGGUUCCCAAUAUCCCUAGUGUUCCCAAUAUCCCUAGGGUUCCCAAUAUCCCUAGGGUUCCCAAUAUUCCUAGGGUUUCCAAUAUCCCUAGUGUUCCCAAUAUCCCUAGGGUUCCCAAUAUCCCUAGGGUUUCCAAUAUCCCUAGUGUUCCCAAUAUCCCUAGGGUUCCCAAUAUUCCUAGGGUUUCCAAUAUCCCUAGUGUUCCCAAUAUCCCUAGGGUUCCCAAUAUUCCUAGGGUUUCCAAUAUCCCUAGGGUUCCCAAUAUCCCUAGUGUUCCCAAUAUCCCUAGGGUUCCCAAUAUCCCUAGUGUUCCCAAUAUCCCUAGUGUUCCCAAUAUCCCUAGGGUUUCCAAUAUCCCUAGGGUUCCCAAUAUCCCUAGGGUUCCCAAUAUCCCUAGGGUUCCCAAUAUCCCUAGGGUUUCCAAUAUCCCUAGGGUUCCCAAUAUCCCUAGGGUUCCCAAUAUCCCUAGGGUUUCCAAUAUCCCUAGGGUUCCCAAUAUUCCUAGGGUUCCCAAUAUCCCUAGGGUUCCCAAUAUCCCUAGGGUUCCCAAUAUCCCUAGGGUUCCCAAUAUCCCUAGGGUUCCCAAUAUCCCUAGGGUUUCCAAUAUCCCUAGGGUUCCCAAUAUUCCUAGGGUUCCCAAUAUCCCUAGGGUUUCCAAUAUCCCUAGGGUUCCCAGAAUUCCUGUUUUGAGGAUUCCGUCUUUUCUGCUUAUUCCCUCCUGUUCCGGGAAUCUUCCAACUGGGAUUUCUGGAAAAAACCUGUGCAUUUUGGGAAAGUUGCAGGAAUUUGACAACCCUAUCAAUUAGUUAGUAGGACAGCAGCCUGUCUCCCACUAAAACAACCCACCAGCCAGAAACAAUAACAUGCUGAUUCAAAAAACCUCUUUCCAAAUAAGAAACGUAGAUGUUUUUAAAUUAUCCGCCACAUAUUAUAAUUUCUCUCCAGGCCUUGUCUAUGCUUUGCUGAGAUUAUUGUCAUUUUAUAAUGCUGCCAUUUUCUGUUUCUCUCCCUUCAGGUACUGUCACCGGCAUUAUGACCAAGACACAGACAGAAACAAAGAUGUGAGUAACUCCCUCUGAUUGACACGCGUUGAACUUGUACAGCUAGUAGGUAUUACAUGCAACUCUAUGGUAAACCUCUAUAUCUGGUAAUCCAGUGUUAUUCUAGUACAGGGUCUACCUGUCUCUAUGGUAAACCUCUAUAUCUGGUAAUCCAGUGUUAUUCUAGGACAGGGUCUACCUGUCUCUAUGGUAAACCUCUAUAUCUGGUAAUCCAGUGUUAUUCUAGGACAGGGUCUACCUGUCUCUAUGGUAAACCUCUAUAUCUGGUAAUCCAGUGUUAUUCUAGGACAGGGUCUACCUGUCUCUUAACCCCAUGUUGUUGUUAUACAGGUCUACCUGUCUCUGCUGCGCAUGUACCUGUCCCCUCCUGAUGUCCACUGCCUUGGCCCAAUCAAAAUGGAGCUGUCGGCGCCACAGGCCAAUCUAAAGGCUGCUCUACAGGUGCUGGAGCUGCACCACAGCCAGCUGAAUACCACUAAGGUAGGCUGCACCACAGCCAGCUGAAUACCACUAAGGUAGGCUGCACCACAGCCAGCUGAAUACCACUAAGGUAGGCUGCACCACAUCCAGCUGAAUACCACUAAGGUAGGCUGCACCACAGCCAGCUGAAUACCACCAAGGUAGGCUGCACCACAUCCAGCUGAAUACCACGAAGGUAGGCUGCACCACAUCCAGCUGAAUACCACUAAGGUAGGCUGCUGAAUACCACUAAGGUAGGCUGCACCACAGCCAGCUGAAUACCACUAAGGUAGGGUGCACCACAGCCAUCUGAAUACCACUAAGGUAGGCUGCACCACAACCAGCUGAAUACCACUAAGGUAGGCUGCACCACAGCCAGCUGAAUACCGCCAAGGUAGGCUGCACCACAGCCAGCUGAAUACCGCCAACACAGGUGGAACAAUGAGACAGAUAUUUCACUGGAUGUUUAAAUGUGAAGCAUUCGCUUUGCGUUUCCACUCGCUACCAAAUAUGGAACGAGAUGGAUUUUGGCUGACAUUCUGCAAAUGUUCUUAUCGAUGAAACAUUUGAUCUCAAUACAGUUCUCUGUUCCCAAAACUAGAAUAUGUUAUGAACAGAGUGGACUACGGUUUGUAAACUUUACCCUUUGCCAUAGUUUUUAAAAAAUUGCGUUGUUUAGAAGGAGUGCAAAGGUGAAUUGAUUUAUUGCACACGCACACUUCACAGAUUAGGCGUUCCCUAACGGAAAAAUGCUCAGGAUGCUAGAACGCGCCAAUAGGAUCUCGCUAGCUCGUGCUUGGCUCUGCCCCCCUCCUUGCUUCUUCUGCCCACUAUGGCUCAUUUGUUCCCAUUGGAAACGACAGGCUGUUGUCUGUCUUGGUUUAGUUAUAAAGAUCUUUGCCACCAAGGUAAGGAGAAGGCUGUCUGUCACUGUAUGUAUGUGGUGUUGGGCAGCACCAGUGAUCAGAGAGAUUCUGGGCUCUGAAUUGUGGGUUUAUGAACAGGUUUCUAUAACCUGUACAGUGGAGCUGCUCUCUGCUCUCCCAUAUUGAGUUUUAAUGUGGCUCUGCUUUCAUUUCCCCUGGCUCAGCUCCCAGCAAAGAGAGAGAGAGAGAGCACAGAGAGAGGGAGGGAGGGAGCACAGAGAGAACAGAGGGAGGGAGCACAGAGAGAACAGAGGGAGGGAGGGAGAGAACAGAGGGAGGGAGGGAGAGAAGAGGGAGGGAGGGAGGGAGCAACAGAGAGAGGGAGGGAGGGAGGAGAAAGAGAGCGGGAGAGAGGGAGGGAGCACAGAGAGAGAGAGGGAGGGGAGGGAGGGAGAAAGAGAGAGGGGGGGAGGGAGGGAGCAAAAAGAGAGGGAGAGAGGGAGGGAGCACAGAGAGAGAGAGGGAGGGAGGGAGGGGAGCACAGAGAGAGAGAGAGGGAGGGAGGGAGGGAGCACAGAGAGAGGGAGGGAGGGAGAGAGCACAGAGAGAGGGAGGGAGGGAGAGAGCACAGAGAGAACAGAGGGAGGGAGGGAGAGAACAGAGCUGGUCCUCAGUAGCUCAAUUGGUAGAGCACGGCGUGUAACGCCAGGGAGUGGGUUCGAUCCCGGGACACCCAUACGUAAAAUGUAUGCAACACAUGAAUGUAGUCGUUGGAGAAAGCGUAUGCAAAGCAUUAAUUAUAUAUAUUAACAGAGGGAGGGAGUAGAGAGAACAGAGAGAGAAUUAGCCUACGCCUGAAGGGAUGCUGUACAGAAUCAGAAAAUCGCGGGCUCAUGCUGUACAAAUGGGGUACUAGAACACCACGUCACUAUUCAAACUACUCCUAUCAAUCCGCCUCUAGUCCCUCCUAUACGGAAGGAGACCGAGACGGAGAACCCGAUACACGAUACAAGGAAGAGAAGAGUGAUGAGCACGCGAAAGAAGCGCCAGACGAACGCUAGAAGAACGUAGAGAGCCGAAGAGGAAGAGCGUAAGACAGCAGAGGGAGAAGACGCAACGAGAUGAGGAAGAGGAUAGCAGCCGAAAGAAGCGAGAUAAGAAAGCAGCGGGGGCGUAAGUGAUAGAGAAGGACGACCCGAAGCGAGACAGGACAUAUAGGUCUACUCCGAUCUCUCCAUUCUACAGCCUCUCAGAUCAUCACGCACUCUAUCACUGCCCUCAACUCCUCGUUCUGCUCUCCUCUAUCCUCUGCCCUACCUCCUCUCCUCCCUCUCCUCUCUCGCCUCAUCCUCUCUACCUUUCCUCCUCCCUCCCUUCCUCUUCCUCCUCCUCUCUCCUCUCCACUGAUGAUUCGACUCCAUUUCAUCCGCUCUUCCCUUCGUUGUCUACUCUCACUUUUGAUCUCUCAUCACCUUCUCCCCUCAUACCACUCUCCCCCGGGGGGGGGGGGGGGGGGGGAGAGGGGGAAGGGGGAGGGAGGGAGGGGAAACCCGAGAGGGGGGGGAGGGAAAAGAACAGAUUUUUUUCUUUUUAAAAACCCCCCCCCCCCGGGGGGGGGUUUUUUUUUUUUUUUUUUUUUUUUUUCUUCCUUUCCCUUUUUCUCCCCUGCGCUUGUCCCCCCAGGUAGUGGGUUCGAAUCCCUGGGACCCACCAUACGAAAAAGUAUGACACAAAGACUGUAAAUCGCUUUGGAUAAAAGCGGCUGCAAUGGGCCAAAUUUAAAAAUUAUAAAUUUAUUUAACUAGAGGGGAGGGAGAUAGAGAAGAGACAGAAGAGAAUUAGCCUACCUGAAAAUGGAGCUGCAGAAUCAGAAACGCUGGGCUCCAGCUGUUCACAAUGUUACUGAACCCCACUGUCCACAGACAUCUCCCUCUCUCCUCCUCUCCCUCCCCUCUCCUCUCCUCCCCCUCUCCUCUCCUCUCCUCUCCUCCUCCUCUCCUCUCCUCUCCCUCCUCUCCUCUCCUUCCUCUCCUACGGAUCCUCUCCUUGUCCCCCUCUCCCUCUCUUCCUCUCCUCUCCUCUCCUCCUCCUCUCCUCCCCCUCCCUUUUCCCUCUGGCCUGCUCUCCUCUCUCUCCUCUCUCCUCUCCCUCCUUUCUUUCCUCCUCUCUCUUCCCUUCCCUCCCCCUCAUCCUCCCUCCUCUUUCCUUCUCCCUUCUCCUCUCCUCCUCCCUCUUCCCCGGUCCUCCGCCCUCUCCUCCUUCUCCUCCUCUCCUCCUCUCUCCUCCUCUCCUCUCGUUCCCUCUCUCGUUUUCCCUCCCCCUUCUCCCUCCUCCUCCCCUCACAAAUCCGUCCCCCUCUUCCCUUUCCCCCCUACCUUUCUAUUCCCGUCUCUCCUUCUCCUCCCCUCCUCUCUCCCUCUUCCUCUCCCCCUCUCCUCUCUCCUCCCCCUCCUCUUUCCUCCCUCCUCUCUCCUCUCCCUCCCUCCUCUUUCCUCUCCUCCUCUCUCCUCUCCCUCCUUCCUCUCCCUCCCUCUCCUCCUCCUCUCUCCUCUCCACUGAUGUGACUAAUGCGUUGUUACUCCCACAAUCUUCCCCUCCAGGACAUAACCUUCCCUCUCAGACCCUAAACCCUUUCACAUCUGUAACUGACAGUCUGGGAGUUUGGCAGACAAUUGUUUGAAAAUCUUGGGGUGUUCAGUAUCUCCCCCUACAGUAACACAAACCCGUAUCUCCCCCUACAUAAACGCACAGUAUUCCUCCCCCUACAGUAAAACAACACAGUAUCUCCCCCUACAGUAACACACCCGUAUCUCCCCCUACAGUAAACACCCAGUAUCUCCCCCUACAUUACACGCACCAGUAUCUCCCCCUACAGUAAACCACACAGUAUCUCCCCCUACAGUAAACGCACAGUCAUCUCCCCCUACCUAACACCACACAGUAUCUCCUCCUACAGUAAACACCAGUAAUCUCCCUCUACAGUAACACCACAGUAUCUCCCCCUACAGUAAACACACAGUACCUCAAGCUCCCCCUACGUAAACACACAGUAUCUCCCCCUACAGUAAACACACAGUAUCUCCCCCUACAGUAAACACACACAGUAUCUCCUCCUACAGUAAACACACACAGUAUCUCCUCCUACAGUAAACACACAGUAUCUCCCCCUACAGUAAACACACACAGUAAUCUCUCCCCCUACAGUAAACACACACAGUAUCUCCCCCUACAGUAAACACACACAGUAUCUCCCCCUACAGUAAACGCACAGUAUCUCCCCCUACAGUAAACACACACAGUAUCUCCUCCUACAGUAAACACACAGUAUCUCCCUCUACAGUAAACACACACAGUAUCUCCCCCUACAGUAAACACACAGUACCUCCCCCUACAGUAAACACACAGUACUCCCCCUACAGUAAACACCCACAGUAAUCUCCCCUACAGUAAAACACAACAGUAUCUCCUCCUACAGUAAACACACACAGUAUCUCCCCCUACAGUAAACACACAGUAUCUCCCCCUACAGUAAACACACAGUAUCUCCCCCUACAGUAAACACACAGUAUCUCCCCCUACAGUAAACACACACAGUAUCUCCCCCUACAGUAAACGCACAGUAUCUCCCCCUACAGUAAACACACACAGUAUCUCCUCCUACAGUAAACACCAGUAUCUCCCCCUACAGUAAACACCACAGUAUCUCCCCCUACAGUAAACACACAGUCCUCCCCCUACAGUAAACGACACAGUAUCGUCCCCCUACAGUAAACACACAGUAAUCUCCCCUACAGUAAACACACAGUAUCUCCCCUACAGUAAACACACAGUAAUCUCCCCCUACAGUAAACCACACAGUAUCUCCCCCUACAGUAAACACAUUAAACCCUCCCCUACAGUAACACACAGUUAUCUCCCCCUACAGUAACACAAACAGUAUCUCCUCCUACCGUAACACACACAGUAUCUCCUCCUACAGUAAACACCACACGUAUCUCCCCCUCAAGUAAACACACAGUAUACUCCCCCUACAGUAACACACGUAUCUCCCCCUACAGUAAACACACAGUAUCUCCCCCUACAGUAAACACACACGUAUCUCCUCCUACAGUAAACACACACAGGUAUCUCCCCCUACAGUAAACACACACGUAUCUCCUCCUACAGUAAACGCACAGUAUUUUCCCCCUACAGUAAACACACAGUAUCUCCCCCUACAGUAAACAAAACAGUAAACUCUCCCUACAGUAAACACACACACGUAAACUCCCCACAGUAAACCACCGUAUCUCUCCCUACAGUAAACCACACAGUAUCCCCCCUACAGUAAACACACAGUAUCUCCCCCUACAGUAAACACACAGUAUCUCCCCCUACAGUAAACACACAGUAUCUCUCCCUACAGUAAACACACACAGUAUCUCCCCCUACAGUAAACACCACAGUAUCUUCCCCCCCCACAGAAAAAACACCCGAUCUCCCCCUACAGUAAACACACAGUGUCUCCUCCUACAGUUAAAAAACACUAUCUCCCCCUACAGUAACCACAGUAUCUCCCCCUACAGUAAAAACACAGUUCUCCCCUACAGUAAAACCCCAGUGUCUCCUCCUACGUAAACCCACAGUAUCUCCCCCUACAGUAAACACAAAAGUAUCCUCCCCCUACAGUAAACACACACAGAAUCUCCCCCUACCAGUAACACCACAGUAUCUCCCCUACAGUAAACACACCACAGUAUCUCCCCCCUACAGUAAACACACACGUAUCUUCCCCCCACAGUAAACACACAUAUCUCCUCCUACAACACACACAGUAUCUCCCCCUACAGUAAACAAAACAGUAUCUCCUCCUACAGUAAACCCCACAGUACUCCCCCACGUAACACACAGUAUCUCCCCUCCCGUAAACACAACAGUAUCUCCCCCUCAGUAAAACCAACCCCAAAUAUCUCCCCUACAGUAAACACACACAGUAUUUUCCCCCUACAGUAAACACCCAGUAAUCUCCCCCUACAGUAAACACACAGUUUUCUCCCCACGUAACACACUCUCCCCCUACAGUAAACAACACGUAAUCCCCCUACAUAAACACACACAGUAUCUCCCCCCACAGUAAACCACAACAUAUCUCCCCCUACAUAACACCCCAGUAUCUCCCCUACAGUAAAAACACAGUAUCUCCCCCGACAGUAAACACACAAGUAUCUCCCCCUUACAGUAAACACACAGUAUCUCCCCUACAGUAAACACACAGUACUCUCCCCUACAUAAAAAACACAGUAUCUCCCCCUACAGUAAACACACCCGUAAACUCCCCCCUACAGUAAACACACAUAUCUCCCCCUACAUAAACACACCAUAUCUCCCCCUACAGUAACACACAGUAUCUCCCCUACCAGUAAACACACAGUAAUCCCCCUACAGUAAACACACACAGUAAACUCCCCCUACAGUAACACACAAUUCUCCCCUACAGUAAACCAAAACAGUAUCUCCCCUACAGUAAACCACAGUAUCUCCCCCUACACGUAAACACACAGUAUCUCCCCUACAGUAAACACACAGUUCCCCCUCCUACAGUAAAAACCACAGUAUCUCCCCCCUACAGUAAACACCCCAGUAAUCUCCCCCUACAGUAAACACACAGUUCUCCCCCUACAGUAAACCACAGUAUUCCCCCACGUAAACACACAAAGAUCUCCCCUACAUUAACACAACAGUCUCCUCCUCCUAACGUAAACACCCACGUAUCUCCCCUACAGUAAAAAAACACAAAAUAACUCCCCUACAGUAAAACACAGUUAUCUCCCCUACGAAACACCACAGAUCUCCUCCCUACAUAAACACACACAGUAUCUCCCUAGUAACCAACAUAUCUCCCCUACAGUAAACACACAAUCUCCCCCUACAUAACACACCGUAUCUCCCCCACAGUAACCACCAGUACUCCCCCUACUAAACACCAGUAUCCCCCCUACAGUAAACACACACAGUAUCUCCCCUACAGUAAACCACACAGUAUCUCCCCUCAGUAACCCGUAUCUCCCCCCUACAGUAACACACCAGUAUCUCCCCACAUAAACACACAUUCCCCCUACAAAACCAAAAUACCCCCAGAAAAAAACAACUCCCCCCUACAAACCCGUAUCUCCCCCUCAUAACACACAUACCCCCCUACUAACAACAGUAUCCCCCCCCUCUAAACACACGUAUCUCCCCCACAUAACCACAGUUCUCCCCCUACGAAAAAAACACAAGUAUCUCCCCCCAUAACCACAGUAUCUCCCCCUCAUAAACACACAAUCCCCCUACAGUAACACACAGUAUCUCCCCCUACAGUAAACCCCAGUAUCCCCCUCAGUAACCACAGUUUCUCCCCUACAUUUAAACCAACAGUAUCCCCCCAUUAACACCCCCCCUACAGUAAACACACAGUUUCUCCCUCUACAGUAAACCCAACAGUAUCUCCCCCUACCAGUAAAGACGACACAAGUAUCGCCCCCCCUAUCAGUAAGACACACCAGUUUCUCGCCUCUACAGUAAACAUAACAUGUUCCAGAGAGGGGAGGAGAAUGUUAAGAUUUUUUUCUUCUCAUACUCCAGCUUGAAAGAUCAGAAAUUGAUCCCCUGUGGUCGUUCUGCUUUUAUGAAGAAGGAGAAGAAGAAGAUGUAAAUUGUCUAUUCUCACGGGGCACAGAUAUGUCAUUUGCUUGUUUGUCUCAGUUCGACACCAAACCCACCACUGGUGUGCGUAGCCAAAGAGCUCUAUGUUCAUGUCAUCCAACAAAUGUAACCGCCUGGAGUUUGAUAAACGGCGUUGGCACUUGGAUUGGAACCUUUGGUCAGAUGACAUGAACAUAGAGCUCUUUGGCCACACCCACCAGGAAAUGACCCCAUACCUACUGUAAAUUAUGCUGGUGGAUCUUUGAUGUUAUGGGGCUAUUUUGCUUUCCACUGGUCCUGGGGCCUUGUUAAGGUCAACGGCAUCAUGAACUUUACCCAGUACCAGGACAUUUUGACACCCCAAUGUGUCAAAAAAGCUCAGUGCCGUUAUUGAAAAAAGGGGGUGUCAGUAAUUUUGACCCCUAUCUUUUUUGAGAGAAAAAAAGUUACUUAUUAAACAAAAUAAUAUCCCAAUAAUUUUGAGCAUACAAUAUAGAUAUCAGUAUUUGUAUUAUUUAUUUUAUACAGUCAUUAUGUGGUCCUCUGUAGCUCAGCUGGUAGAGCACGGCGCUUGAAACGCCAAGGUAGUGGGUUCGAUCCCCGGGACCACCCAUACACAAAAAUGUAUGCACGCAUGACUGUAAGUCGCUUUGGAUAAAAGCGUCUGCUAAAUGGCAUAUUAUUAUUAUUAUUAUUAUUAUUAUUAUUAUUAUUAUUAUUAUUAUUAUUGCUCCUAAUAAUUUCAAUCCCCACUGUAUCUACCAUCUCUGUCUCUGCUCCCCACCAGACCAUCAACCUGCUGCCAGCCAACACUCAGAUCAGAGAGAUCCGUGUGUUCUUGGAGAGUGUUCUGGAGGAGAAGGCUCAGAGGAAACGCUUUGACCAGGUGCUCAAGAGUCUGCUGCAGGCCGAGUUCCUACGGGUGAGCUCAGGGGGGGUGUAAGGCUGAGGAAACUAUUUGGCCAGCUGCUCAAGAGUUCUUAUGGGUGAGAGAGAGAGACGGUGUGUGUGUGUCGUCUCUACUCACCUGACGUGUGUGUGUGUGUGUGUGUGUGUGUGUCUAUCUGUGUCUGUGUGUGUGUGUGUGUGUGUUCAGGUCCAGGAGGAGCGUAUCUUCCACCAGCAGGUCAAGUGUACCAUCUCGGAGGAGAAGACCUGCAGGGUCUGUAAGAAGAAGAUAGGGAACAGG